GCAGCCUUCACAUGGCCCUGGGGCAACAGGAGCUACCCGCAAUCUCACUCCCAGUCGCAGCAGCCUCGGGCGGAGCUAGGUGGGCGACGUGCUGGAAGCGGCUCCUCACUCGGCGCGCGGGAAUCGUGUCUGAUUCAGAGACACAAGAGGCUCGUCGCGAAAGCGACACCGGGGAUCCGGGAAACGCGGCGCCUUGGCUUCUUCCCGGAGUCUUCCGAAAGCCGGCAGUAACACAGUCCAUUGAUUGAUCCUGGAGGUCACGCGUGGAAGCAGCUGGCGGCCGCGAUGCAACUUCUCUGCGGUUUCCUCGUAGCUCUUGCUCUGCAGAUGGUGGGCGCGCAGAAGAAAAACAUGGUUCUUCAGAACAGCACUACUGACACAGCAGUGGUAUCCUUUCACGAUGUUUGGAAUCGCAGCUCGUGCCAGCCCUUGGAAAAACUGGUCAGUGUUGUAUCGGAAUACCCAAAUGAAGUGGAGCACGUGUUCAGCCCCUCCUGUGUUUCUUUGCGUCGCUGCUGUGGAUGCUGUGGAGAUGAGGUGCUGCAAUGUGUCCCAGUGGAAAUUGCCAAUGUCACCAUGCAGCUCAUGAAGAUCAAUUCAGAGGAUCAGGUACCCUUUGUGGAGUUGUCGUUCAUUGAACACAGGAAAUGUGCAUGCAGGCCCCGACAAGAUGCUCUGAAGUCAGGGAGGAGGAGGAGACUCAAGGGACGCAGCAAGAGGAAGCGGGCAAAGCAGAGACCCAAAAAUUGAUCUCUAUGUGUGCUGUUUGAUGAUAGUUGUUGCUUUCUCAGCCAAGUGCAGUGCCGCAAUGCCUCUAUUUAUUGCUCAGUCCUCUUCAACAUUCCUCUGCAAUCACAAUUUUGAUGGAUGAAUUCAGGGGGCUGAUAGCAGCUAGCUCACUUGAAAUGCCAGAGCAAAAAAGGAGGAGUAAAGACAGCAUCACAGUGAAAAUAUGUCAGGUCACUCUGAAGCAGAUGGUUUUUUAUAAUUGUAUACAGAGGUAUUGCCCCAGGACCAAGUGAAGACCUGUUUGUCUCAAUCCAUUCCCUGCCUACAUAGAGCUAAUAUUUCACUCUGAUUUCUGCAGAAUUGAGAGUAAAAUGGAAAUACAAGAAAAGAGCAGUUGGCUUACGUCUGCAAGCCCAGUGUUUGGAGUUAGGAGAACUUCAACUAUUAAGACAGAUGCAAAUGCUUCCUCCUGAAAUGUCUGGAUAUUCUCUCUCAGUUGGGAAUUGAGAAGCCAAAAUGAAAGGGAAGAAAAGUUUGAGCUAAACUUUGCCAGCCCUUGUUUAAGUCUUGUUUUUCGCCAGGGUUGCUAUACAGAGAACAGUCCGUACUAUAAAACUCCUAUUCAGAAAGGAAGAUGUCUAAAACAACAUGUCAACUAAAACUCCUUGUCAAGUAACAGUCUAGAGGUCAGGAUUCCAGAAAUCAGAGCCCUAGGCAAGGAAAGAGGAAGAGCAGAGAACGUGGCUCCUGCUCAAGUUACUGUGAGUUCAGUGUACAUGAAGGAUUUUGUUCUCCUAGGAAAAUUAGUUCUGGAAUUCCCCCCCAAAAUCAUUUUUCUCAAGAGAAUAUAAUGUGCUUGACAUGUUUCUGCAUAUCUUGCAGUAGAAAUCGUAGCAACUGCUUAUCAGCUAUACUGGAUUUUGUUCAUAUAGCUGGUUUGGGGGGUGAGAUUUGUAAAAAAAAAAUGUUCACAGUGUAGGUAAUUUCUCUGGUCAGCUGCAUUCUAUUUUCUGUCUUCUCUUGACUACACCACAGCUGAUUUAAGUAGGUUCAGGUGGCUAAUGUAUUCAUGCCUGUCCAUCUCAUUGUACAAUAGUGCAGGUUCACAAUCAGUGAUAAAAGAAAAAGGAACCAACAGGUAACUACAGGUGAGCUUUAAAAUGAUGGUGGGACUGAGCACAGAAAUAGGUCUUGUCUUGCACUGAGGUAUAAGCGCAUAUCCAAUAAAAAUACUAACCCUAAUAAUUGCAAGAAAGUGUGCAAGAUCACUGUUGGAUUUUAAAUUAGCUUCUGUGAAUGACUCAUGAAGAAACUUGGCUAUCAAAAUGCAUGUAUUACAAAAAGGACAGAAAACCAUAAAAAUAGGUAGUAUGCCCAUCUUAUAUAAAUUUCCUGAGGUUUGAAGAAACCUGGAAGAAAUAUUCUAUUUAUUGUGACAUGUAAGUUAAGAAUAGAAGGCUGAUGGGAUAUUGAAAUCUAAGAAGCUUAUAACAAGGAUAAUGGUGUAUCUUUUGUAUGCAACUUUUGGAAUGGUUUGCUAUGAGAUGCAGAAUGAAUGAAUGAGUGUGUGUGUGUUUCAAAAUGAAAUAGGUAAAAUCAUGUAACGUGGGAAAUAGCAGUAACUAUUAGUCAAGAAAGGACAAGCAAGCACCAUUAUGUUCUGUAUCUACAACUGUUACUGAUCCAUAAUGAAAACAAGGUGGAACUUUCCUAAGUCUCUACAUUUGUAAAUUGUUAUAUUCGACAACAUCCAUUUAGAACUAAAUGGACCAUUAAUUUAACCCAAUGAGGUAUACUGCUUCUUGUAUCACAGUAACUUAAUGGCAACAUAUUCUUGGUCCCCCUGGGUUGAGAUUUUUUCUUUUUUGUAGUAAAGUAGCACAUGAGUUCCUGCUUCUCCAUUCAGUGCAGUGCAACAACAUUCCAAGUAAAUGAUUCUAAAUAAAAUGGUCUUAAAAUCCAAAUGCAGAUUCUGAAAAUAUUUUUAUUGGCUCACCCUAGUCCCUCUUCUGAAAAAGCAUUCCAAAAACCAGAAGGCCAGUCUUCUGCGGAUGUAUGAGAUGUUAAUUCCAGUUGUGACCCUUCUGAAUUGAUGAAUGAUUUACCAGAGACAAAGAAAGCACAAUCUGAUAUGUUGGGCUGCUAAAGAAGAAAGCCAGCAUGCUUCCUGUAUGGUUUGGGACAAAUAAUUCAUUGCCAUUCCUCUGCAAUGUGAGCGUGAUAGACCAGGAAACUUGUAAAAAUAAAUGCAAUACAACUCUUGGAAUGCUUAUUUAUUGUAAUGAUAACCAGACAUAUAUCUUGUUAGGGGUGACCAAUUUUUUUUUCUUUUUAGGCAAUUAUUAUUUUCUGUCUUGUAAUUUCACUGAGUAGAGUGUCUUGGAGAUGCCAACAGUUCAGUUGUUUAGGUUGGCUUGGACCUGUCUGGAUUCGUGAUCUGGAAUGUGGCUUUGUGCUUGAUAGCUCCAAGCCUGGAGGAAAUAUUUUAGCCAUCUGCAUAGGAAUGCAGAAAUUUCAUACAGGAUAUUGUUGUUAGCAUGGGAGCUAUAAGACUUGUUUUUGUUUUUUGCUACCUUGUGUGGUUAGUAUCCUUUUUCCUUCUGGGGAGUUUCCCCUAUGAUUUUUUCUAAUUUUCAAGCCAAACCUCAC